AUAUACCAUAGAGUAUAAAUGUCUAUUGUGAAUUGUGAUAGUUCACUUUUAUUUUAUUUUUUUUUUAAAUAUGCUUGUACAAUUAUUGUGUUAAAGCCCAUUGAAGACUCGACCACGACUGAGUAUUCGGGAUUUGUGAAAUAAAUUGUUGGUUUGUUUUUAAUAGCUAUCUGAUUAUUAAAUUAAUUAUAAUUUAAAUACAAGCAUGAUACAUUUAUUUAGUGUCACCUGAUAUCAUAGUUUUAUUUUACAUCGGUAUGAAAGAUAAAACGAUUUUGGUUAAACAAAACCCAAUACUGAAAGUAGUCAUUUUGGGAAAUAGUAAUGUAGGAAAAUCAUGUUUGAUGAACAGGUUUGUAAGUAACAGUUUUAGUGACCAUACACUUCAUACAUUGGGCGUAGAAUUUCUUCAAAAGGAACUCGAUGUCAAUGGAAUUGUAUAUACUUUGCAGAUUUGGGAUACUGCAGGCCAAGAAAGAUUUCGAACACUUCGAACACCUUUUUAUAGAGGAACUGAUAUUUGUUUGCUAACAUUUGCUGUUGACGAUGUCCAAAGCUUUAAAACUGUAGAUUCAUGGAAAAAAGAAUUCUUACAAUAUUCCAGGACAACUGAUGUAAAUUUUCCAUUUCUUGUUGUUGCUACAAAGGUAGACCUGCAAGACCGAGUAGUUUCUAGAGAUGAAGCAAACAGAUGGUGUUCAGAAUAUCUGAGUGCUCCUUAUGUUGAAACUAGUUCUAAAACAGAUAUGAAUAUAGAGACUGCAUUUACUUUAGCUGUUGAAGUUUGGGCUUCAACAGAAAGGCCCUCCGAAUUAAAAAUAUCACAUACCAAUUUAGUUAAAUUAUCUAGACCAAUCAAUGGUAGCGCUGCUUGUCCUACAGCUGAAAUAGUAUCACCUAAGUGUUGUUAACAACAUAUUAUGCAAUAACUUAGUGCAUUUUGGCGUACAUUUUUUGUAACUUCAAUACAGCAAUACAUAUUACAUAUAUAUUUUUUAUAAAGUUAAUUUUUGAGUUAAAAUAAAAAUAAAUUUACAAGAAUAUCAAUAUUUAUCCUAUUAUUUUGUAUACAUUUUAAGUAAUAACCAAUUUGUAUUUACCUUUUACCUUUUAUUAAAUGUAUUAUUGUUAUUUUUUGUACAAUAGGCAAUAUAUUUUAAUUGUAUUUAUUAAAUAGUAUUGUUAAACAUAA